CCAUGCUGUCAUUACAGAGAGCUGCAUGCGUCAGGUACCUCGUGGCCUGCGUGCUUUUACUGUGUGGAACGCCGGGGGCGGAACUGAGCCCGCGCCACCCGCAGCCAGCACGGGACACGCUGCUCCUCGAGGCUGUGAAGAAGGGAAUACUCGAGGCUGUGGGAGUCGCGAGCCCGCCCGUUCCCCGCGAGGCAGUGCCCACGCACGAGCUGUGGAGGGCGCGGAGCCUGUAUGAGGAGAAGCUCCGUGAACUCCGGGAAAACACGACCGGACAAGACAUGCAAUCAGCCGAGACCAGGACAGUUCGACUUACAGCAAAGUUAGAACCUUCUGUUGAAAGUGUAGAACUACACAAAGGAGUUGCCAGCCAACACACUCAGAAGUUCAAGGCAGUUUUCCACAGGACUAACCUAAUUACAAACAAACUCCACAUCAUACGCGCUGAACUAAAGCUUUACGAACAACUAGUUAAUGCCCUUCACCCCAGAAAGCUUCCUUCCAGGAUUACCCUUUACAAACUACAGAAGACUGCUCCGGACAGUGAACCCACUGCAAACCUCAUUGCCUCAGAUCUCUUGGCCUUCAAAAACAUUGAUGUCAAAGCCGUCGUUUCAGAAUGGCAAGCAAGCUCGGAAAUCACUUUGGAACUGGGGAUCGAAUUUGUUCCACAAGCCAAUGAAAGCCUCUUAUCCUGGGCAGAACUUCAGCAACUCACGCUGCAGAUCGAAACCCAGGGAAGAGAAGAUAGACAGAGAAGGAAAAGAUCUGUGGCAUCCAAGGAGGACUGUAAGAAAAAUGAGAAUGAGUGCUGCCGAAAAUCGCUGACUGUGUCUUUUAAGGAAAUUGGCUGGACUGACUGGGUGGUUGCUCCCGAAUCCUACACCAUGUAUUUCUGUGAUGGAUCCUGUCCUCAUAAUUACAAGCCAGCUAGCAUGCAUGCACAGAUCAAAUCUAGAAUGCACUUUUUCUCAAAAGGAGCAACACCUGCUCCCUGCUGUGUCCCAGCCUCAUACGAACCCAUGGUUUUAAUGCACUAUAACACUGAGGGGAAACUGACUUUGACUCCUUUCAAUGAUAUGAUUGUCAGCAAGUGUUAUUGUGCUUAGGUUUAUAGGAAUGUAAGAAUGUAAGAAAAAGACAUUCAGCCCAUCAGUGCUCAUCUGGUUCCUUACUUAAUCUCAAAACUUGAGUCUGAUCUUAAAGGAGCCCAAUGAUUCAGCUUCAAAACUAUGACUAGGUAACCCAUUCAAUACCCUCACUGUGUGAAGGUGUCUCCUAACCUAAGUCCGUUUCCAACAGUGUCCUCUGGUCCUGGUUUUUCUACUGUGCUUAGAGUAUAGGUUGGGGUUAGCUUUGUCAGGUCAUUUUAAGAUUUUAAAGACUCCCUCUAAUGUGUGUGCAGGUAACACAAAAUAAACUAAAAACUGCCAUACUAUUUAUAAUUCAAAGCUAUAGAAUCUGAAAAUGUUGCAAAAGUGUGUAUGAAAAAUGUUAAAUAUAUUGUGUGUUGUUUGUCCAGCCUGCACACUGAUAAGCCACAGCUCUGUGAUUAUACUGAGAUUACCCCAAAAAGUGCAUUAUGUGGAUUCUAAAGGGCUCUAAAGCAUCCAAAAAUAUAUAUUAUAACUUCCACUGAGUGUCAACAAAACAGUGUGCAGAAAUUGUGCUUAACAUUGUACAUGAUUGUGGAACACAGUAGCUUUCUUUUUAUAUAUAUCUUAAAUGCAUUUGGUCUUUGUUUUUGUAUCACGAACGAAUUCCAGUAUGUUGUUGUUUUAUCCCAGGCUGCUUUCAGUUGAGGUUGAAGCUACACAGCCAGAAAAGGGUUUGGCUAAAAUCAGCAGCUAGUUCAAAGUUCAAAGACAACAUAAUAAGAAGGGAACUUUCACUUACAUAUGACGUAGUGCAGCAUGUUUCACAAUUAAUCAACAAUUUUCAAACACUGCCUUCACAACUAUAUCAUAUUAGGGAUUUUAGGAAUAAGAUUUCUUUACUGUUUCUUAUGUUUCUGCUGAUAUUAGUAUUUACACACAGCUUAGUAACUGUUCCAGCACAGUUAUUUUUUUUCCCCAACUGGGUCGGCUUCUGAAAAAACUCCUACAAGCUGAUGUGGUUUAAAAAAUGACUGGUAGUGUAAAUAUUACUGUUGUAUUACCCUACUGGUCACCUCACUUCAGGAUUUUAGGAGUCUUUUCAGAAGCAGACACCAUAGUUGAAGUAAAUAUUAGUAAGCUUGGUAAAUAGCAUAGCAACUCAAAGUUAAACAUAUCAGACACGUAAGGUAAUAUUAAAUAAAAUAUGCCUGUGCUUAAUUGAUCUUAGGUUUCUUAAGAUACUGUUUUUCAAUAUUUGAAUGCAUUAUCACAAAUACAUUUCUGUAUAAAAAAGAAAU